GGGGGGAAGUGACGGGUAUUAAAACUUCUCAAAUCGUCAGUCAUAGCAACUUUCUUAACCAUAUCAGAGGUGGGCGCGGGUUCUCCUUCGCUGGUCGCAUCACAAUUAACAAACGACGUCAUAGGUCUUUGUGCUGGAUGUUUGAGCGAAUUUCUGUCUCUCGGUCUAAGACGUUUUUUAUCUCAUUUUUUUGUGUUCACAUGGGUUAUGCGCCCUUAUAGUGUAACUGUACACUACUUGCUGUUCACCGUAUAUUGUGCUUUGAGCUGGCAAUUGGUGUCUUGAACAGAAAGGUAAUGCUUAUGGUAUUUUAUGACAACUAAGCUGAAUAGAUUACUUCAAUUAUGUUGAGACAUACAAUCUGUUUUGGCGUUCAUACACACACAGAUGUACUUAUAGAAUGUAAACAUUCAACUAGCAACGCAGAAAAGCAAAGGCUGCACGAAUACUUCCACACUCUAUAUUAAGGACUGAGGUACCAUGCAGUGGUUUAAUGUGGGAAGGUUUUUUUGCCCUCCAGCGGCGUCGAAGCAUAUAAACAGAGAGACUAAAUGCGUUCCAUUUACUUCUGACAAGAAAGAGAGGCUUAUUGCUUUUGGAUAUCUCAGAAUUAUUCGAACAAACAAGGUGACUGAACUUCAGAAUAUCUAAGGCCUUUUCAUCGCUAAAACAUGUUAGCACAGUCUUGAAGAGUCGGUGAGCGUCGUCAAAACAGUAGUGAAGUUGAAAGAUGUAUUUUUCGUUCCCUAAGCAUAUUCUUUGGGAGCGCUUGUCCUGGGGACUACAAAACUCCAGUGUGGAUAGGUCUCCUAAGUAUCUUACACAGUUGCGUAACACGGGACUUCAUCAGUACUGCCGAAGCGGAGGCUGCAGGGGCAUGAACUUUUUACUUUUUAUUUAUUAGCUGAGUCUCGUUUGCGACCAGGAAAACAGUAGCCGGAUAAAAAAAUCGCUUCAAACUGCCUUGGGUUGUUUCAGCUUAAAACUUCGAUUUCGUUUGUUUUAUUCCCAGAGGUUAUGAAUUUUAACAUAUCGGAAUUGGUGCGGCUGUUUAUGUAUUAGUAGGAAAUCACUCUUAUUAUAAACGUCUCCUCGAUUCUUAUAAUCGCCUGAUUUCUUGUACGGUUUUCAAUCACAACAUCGUAGGCGCAUUUAUCAUAGCCUUUCAGUGAUACUAUAACAGAUUAAAAAAGACUUGUCUCUUUGCUUUGCAAGUUUUUGGAAGUUAAACCUUCAGGGUGCAGCCACUCACGCCCCACUGAUCUGCCGCUAUUUUAUUUGCGUCAAUGUGAUCUGAUCUCCCGCUAUUUCAUUUGCGUCAACGUGGAUUGUUUAUACAUUUCGUCGGAAAUCAAUCUUAUUGUAUUAUUUUCCUUACAAUCGGAUGAUUUCUUGUACGGUUUUCAAUCACAGCACAGUCAAAGACAUAUUCAUCACACCACCUUUCAUCGAUAGUAUAGAUUACAAGAAAAAAAUACUUGUCUCGUUGCUUUGCAAGUUGUUGGAAGUUAAACCUUCAGGGUGUAGCCACUCACGCCCCACUGAUCUGCCGCUAUUUUAUUUGCGUCAACUCAGACGGGCUUGAUCAACAGUAUAAAAGAUUUUGCUUUUUACUCAAAGAAAAAUCUUAGCCUGAGUACGUUUCGCGAGUUUGUAAAACGUGAAAAAAACCUAAUUUUUAGCUAGGGUAGAGAAAAAGGAUACUGCUGCCACUCAGUCAAUCGCCCUCGCAAGUAUCAACAUAUCCACACGUCUGCACUGCCUUAACUUAUGCAUAAUUAAAUUAUAAAACUAACGUCCUUAACAGCUCAGGAGAUGAGGAAUUGUAGAUAUGUAAUUUAGUUGGACUCUCUUUGGAGCUCAUUUCCAAAAUAUCCAUUAUCUGACAUAGUCAAGUGUUAUUAUAUGGUGACUUAUGGGACCUAGAAGCCGGUCUCAUGCGAAAAUCGGCGGCGCAGAUCAGAUCUGCUGGCAAUGGACUUUUUGCUUUCCCGGAGGGCAAAAAAUGUGAAAAAAAGAGACAUUGUCUCAGGGUUUUGGGGGUUUUUCCCUUGAAGGGAAAGUAUGUGGAAGAGCCAGUAGGCUUUGUCCAUUGCAUUAUCGUUUGCAUUGUGAAUAUAAAGGACACAUAUUAUUCACGUUUGAGCGCGCCCAUGUCUUUUUAACUAUCUAUUGCAUGGAACUGGUCAGGGUCAAUAAAGAGUGACAUGAUCUCUGGUCGGAUGCAUUAAAAUUAACAAGGUGACUUCACUGGCGUUUCGCAGUUUGAGCGAGUUUUCUUUUUCUUGUCUAGAAUUUUUAUGCAUCAUUUUUUGGCGUUACCGUGCAUAUAGGUUACGGAGUUAUAGUUUUACUAUACUACUAGCUAUUGUUCAUGAUGUCAUUACAUUGAAGGAAUGCUUUGAGCUGGCAGUGUUUAUGUCUUGAACAGAAAGGUAAACUUUGUAUUUUGUAAUACUAAGAACAGAUUACUUCAAUGAUGUAGAGACGGACAAUCUGUUUUGGCGCCCAUAUAUUCAUAUGUACCAUAGAAUGUACCUAUUUACUAGCAACGCAUGAAAGCAAAAGCUGCCAGAAUAUUCACAUACUUUAUGACCAGUUACGGACUGCGGUAUCAGAGCACCGAUAUAAAUUUUGCCCUCCAGGGGCGGCAAAGUGAAAAAAAUAGAAAGGCUCUUUGCGUUCAAUUUACUUUUGACAAAAAAUAAAGGGUGAUUGCUUUUGGAUAUUUCUUGCUUAUUCGAACAAACGUGGUGUCUGAACUUCGGAACACUUGACCACUUCCAAGGCCGGCCUAUUCUAUUCACUGUUCAAAGCUAUAGCUACCAUAGUCUUGAAGAGUCGUGAGCUUCAUCAAAACAGUGAACAAUUUAAAAGGUAUAUUAUUUUUCUUACCUUAAGCGUAUUCUUCGGGAGCGCUCGUAUUUCGUCUAAUGCAAUGUUUACGGAAAAAAAGGCUGGUGACGUCAUCUGAAUUGUGGCAUAAUGAAAGGAUAAGGGAAAUACUAACACAAACACACCAAUAUGGUGCGAAAAAUGAAAAUGUAUCAAUCAUCCCGUUUUAAUGAUAAAAAGAGCUUCAUCAGGAAAGAAAUGAAUAUUUUUUCCAUAUUUUAGCUGUAUAUGUACGCACUGGAGACCACGGAAAGUGAAGCCGAAUAAUAAAAAUCGCUUCAAACUGGCCUGAUGUUCAGAUUUUGUUGCUCCAACAUAUUCCGCGGCUUGUUUCAGCAAAGAACUUAACGAUUUCUAUGUUUUAUUCACGAAACAGUAUUUAACGUAUCUUAUCAAACUGUGUCGCAGUUCAUUUGCCAUCGUCUUAGUUUUGGCAACCCAGCUCCAUUCUUCGUUGUUUGGAUAAACCGGACGUCAUCCUUUGUGGGUACACAUAUAGUCAUUAAACGUGAUCACAAUGUAUUUGUACAAAAUGAAAAAUUGUUUCAAAUGUGGAGUGCCUCUCGAUCCAUCUCGUCUUGUACAAAUCCUUCAGCUUGCGCUUCUUAGUCUCUGGAGAAAGGGCGUCAAUUGCGGUCGUUAAGAACUUCAGUCGCUAUGGUGAAUUGUCAAAGAAACUGAACAAUUCAUGGAAAGAAUCCAUCACGUUCUGAAUUGACUUUAUUUUGCAAGCAUGGCAUAUAAUAAGGUUGAUCGAAUGAGGGCAGCAACCUUGACUCUGCAACAGAUGCUUACUUAGCUAGUUCAGCUUGAACUCCAUAUUUAUCUGAGCUCGAUCUGAGCUCAUUGAUACAGUUGCAUCACCACGGCAACUGACCAGUCGUUCUUGGCAGCUCACACAUUUUUAUCCGAACCUCGCGCUUUAUGGGGUUCGUUGGAUGGGUCAGCAAUGAAGUCAAGCAGGUGGAGAUACACUGACAACACUUUACGACCCUCAGAAGUCGUCUCGUCGGCAAUUUUUAACUGGGGAUUCUUCUCAAGGCAUUUUCACGAAUCGUCUCAAUCACUUUAUUUUGAACAGUUUUGCUCGUAUAUUUGGGACUCACAUAUUUCCGUUUGUUUUUCCACGUAUUAUUUCUUUUGGUGGGCUGUUCUAAAGGGGGGUGGCUAGCCAACCAAUCCAUCUCCCAGGACCCGUCCCUGUUAAUUCAGACGUAUGGAAUAUGUAGAUACUUGCAAUGGCAAUUGACUGAGGGGCGAAGACUAGGCCAGUCCCAAUUGCGCUAAAAAUAAAAAAAGUUGCUACUUAAAUUUCAAACGUUGCUACCGAAAUUUCUGCAUAUUUUUUGCAAACGUCAAUUUAAAGCAAGUCAAUUUAAAUUUUUUGCUUACCACAAAACAAAGCGGCAACAAAAAAUGGUUCUCUACUGAGACAUCUUUAAUUCACACAACUGAUGCAUUUCUCAAAGGAAUUGAUGAUAAGAAAUUGACUGCCUGCGUGCUUUUAGAUAUGAGUAAAGCCUUCGACAGCGUUGACCACCAAAUAUUGUUACGUAAAAUACAAGGCGUCGGCGCUUCAACAAGCGCGCUAAAAUGGUUUAACAGCUACCUUACAAAUAGAUAUCAAGUUGUACGAAUUCAUAGUUCCGUUUGGGAUCCUCUUCCAGUUGAAAGUGGCGUUCCUCAAGGCAGUAUUCUAGGUCCCCUAUUAUUAAGCAUAUACGAAAAUGAUUUACCAGAAGUUCCAAGGCAUUGCUCUACAGAAUGUAACGUAGACGAUACAAAACUGUUUGUUUCUUUUCAUUUACACAACUCCCAACGGAUUGUCCAAGAAAUGAAUGAAGAUCUCCUGCAGGUGCGCAACUGGUGCUUCGGAAAUCGGCUACUACUAAAUCCAGACAAGACAAAAUUAAUUGUUUUCGGGAGCCGACAGAUGACCUCUAAGCGCCAUGAAUUUCACUUGUCUUUGUUGGGAAAGGACAUUUCCCCAGUGCAAUCAGCGAGAGAUCUUGGCGUGAUUUUGGAUCCGAACUUAACAUUUGAUAACCAUAUAAUGACCUCAGUGUCGGAAUGUAUCGCACGUCUAGCGCAAAUUAACCAGGUCAAACAAUGCUUAGACAAAAAUACGUUGUUAACCGUAAUAUAUGCCUUAGUCAUGUACUACUGUUCGAAUGUUUGGGCAAAUACCACAAAGAAGAAUGUUAGAAAAUUGCAGGCCGUUCAAAACUUUGCUUGCCGAAUCGUCACGUAUGUCAUGUAUCGUCAAUAUGAUCAUGUAACACCCCUCUUAAAAAGCCUGUCUUGGUUGCCUGUUAUAAAGGACCAACUGUACUAUCGCCAAGCUAUUAUGGCCUUCAAAUGCAUGACCGGUCAAGCCCCUGAAUAUCUUACAUCCCAAUUUAUUACCCGUGAUCAGCAUGAGCAAGCGUUAGCGGACGAACAACUCGGAGUAGCCAAAAGCUAAACAUCCCUCUUUUCAGAACUUCCUCCGGGCAGAGAAUCUUUUAUUACAGGACUGUUAAACUUUGGAAAAAUUUGGAAUCUUAAGUUAAGCCCAUCUGAUGAAAUUUUUAAACGAUCCUUAAGGAGCCAGCUUUUAGACAAUUUUGUAAAUACUUCUUAGUUAAGUUUAAAACAUCGUAAUUAGUAAUUAGAUAACAUUGUCAUUAGUAUUAGAUUAAGAGUUGUAAUUAGUUAUUAUAAAUAAUGUAAUAUAAUCAAUAAUGAAAAGCCCCUUUGGGGAGGUAACAAUAAAGUAUGUAUGUAUGUAUGUAAAGCUGUAUUCCUUGUUCUUCACAAUAAUUACUUACAUCGGUCCAGAAAAAUUGCUUGAAGUUAGCUUUAAGGAGAUACUUGCAAUCACAGGAUAAAUUUUAAGGGUACUAACUAACUAUUCAUACAGCAACAAUUGCCCUUUAAACCUGAGUGUUUAAAGAUUGAUAAUCAUUUACAAAAGAAGACAAUCCCGUCUUAACUCUCUGAAGAAAUUCGCAUAAAUUGAUUUUUUCCAUGAAAUCGUUGAAUCUUUCUACUUGCAAUGGACUUUUUUCUUCUCCCAGAGCGCAAAAAAAUGUGUAAGAAAAUUGAUAUUGUCUCAGGAUUUUGGGGGGUUUUCCCUUAAAAGGAAAGUAUGUGGAAGAGCCAGUACGCUUUGAUCGUUGCAUUACUGUUUGCAUUGUAAAUAUAAAUGACACGUCCACGUCUGUUUAACUGUCUAUCGUUCUAGAGUUUAUGCCUGGAAGAGAUUUAAAAACGGUGCACUUAUGUCAAUAGAUGUUUGUACCAAACAGCUUAGAAUGCUUACCAAAAUGACAGCCACCUAUACAACAGUUCACAACUGUGUUGAAGAAAGAGGCAGUGUGUGUUGAAAUUAAACAAAUUUGUUUUCAGGAAUUGACAAAACCGUAAAUAAGGAGACGUGGACCAUUUUGAACAUUAUUGUGAGCUCACUGGCGUCCAAGUGUGUCAAACACCUUUUUGCAACAGCAACUCAGAUUUGAUUGGAAUAGAUCUUUUUGUCAUUGCCAGGUAAGUGCCCCAACAGAUUUAUCGUCUUUGCCAAAGGCUUCAUGACUGGGAAUUGGAGUGGAAUCUGGUGGGAUUAGUUAUGAUGUAUACCUUAACAAAACAUUUUCAGUUUACUUUAGGCGAUAGAACACCUAGGCUUAUCGAAUGCUGGUAAAGAAUUCUUGCAGUAGUCAGACGCCGUAAAGUUGUUCACCUAUCAUGAUCACAAAAAAAAAAAAUGUGUCAAAAACGUUUCGUUUGACAUCGACAUAUCGAUCCAUAUAUCAGGGUCAAAAGUCGAAUACCGGGGUCUGGAUGCGAUAUCAAUACUCACCCAGAGGUGGGCAUUGGUUGUCGACACACUGACGUCAUUAAUCAGCUUUGUAAACCAUUUUCUUUACCUGUUUAAGAAAUCUUCUUCAUCAUUGUUGUCGUUCAUAGGAGCCAUUUCGCAAGUAUCAUUUUAUACUCUGUCAGAGUUUAACGCCGCCUUCAUAAUCGUAUCCUGACCAGAGGGACGAAGCCAACGGAGUUUGCUGAAUUGAGGUAAGUUUUCACAGUUCCCGUCUAAAGAAUCAUGACAUAAUUUUUGGCGGUCAAAGAAGUUACACAAUUAUUUCUUUUACCGGGCUGUAGAAUACUCAUUGUAUUCAAGGUGGACAGCCACAAUUAGUGCACCGUCGAUACAUACGCUGCGUAAUGUACAGUCUUUCCUCGCCAGAUUAACUUCUGUAACUUGACAGUUUGUAAAGUGAACUUCCUUUGCUGCGUUUUAAGAGAUGAAUACACAAAAAUGUUUUUAUUUUAAAGAAAGCUUCUGACCUAGGUCGGUCAGCACAGAAAAAAAAGACAGCCAUUCCCCAGGCAGUACAAGAAGCGGUUUUUUGAAUUCAUUUAUCAGUCAUGGGCCACAUUCUGUUCAUAUAACCAAUCUUGAGGUUAUGACAGUUCUUUCGAAAAAUUGUUGAAUGUUAUAAAACGAGGAUAAAUCGAUAACGAAUGUACUUACUGCAGAUAUUAACACAAUCUGACAUUAUUCAAUAAAAGGAUUUCAUCUGACGCUGUGUAUCAAAUGGGAAAAAAAUACUACAGACUUAAUAAAAUAAAAAAUGAAUUAGCGUAGCACAUCCAAACAUUGAAUGUUUUUCGUGUAUCAUUCCUGGUCGAAUUGGAAUUUGAAAAUCGUGGCUUUUGAGGAGAGGGAAACACCGGAGAUCCUGGAGAAAAACCUCUCAGAGCAAAGAAGAAACCAACAACAAGCUCAACUCACAUAUGGCGUCGACGCAAGGAAUUGAAAUUCUCUCUCCAGACUAUUGCACCUUCCCCUAUUCUCUAAUAUACCGUGAGAAUUUUGUGGAUCUAUUGAAGGAAAAGAGCUUCUAGCGUGUUUUAGCCAUCUUUAUGCUCAUCCCUUCUGGUAAUCGAAAAAUGUUUUUUGCAAUGGAGCUCACUAAAUGAUUUCAUUCUUUCUCCUCCUAUUGACACUUGUAUGCUACAAUUUGUCCACUUAUAUGGUUUCCAUAUUAUUUUACCACAUUUCAGUUCAUCCAUUGAAGGGUUUCGAUACCGACGACCGGAGAUGACAUUGCAGCCGUUUAGUGACAAGCAACUGAAUUUCUUUAAGUUAUCCUCGUUAGUAUUAAAUGAAUUUCCAAAGGUAUUACGGCAGACCUUUAAAACCAUGUGGGACAACACCCAUGGGGGUGGCCCUGGUUUCAAGUCCUGGGAUGAUUCAACUGCCGUGAGAAAUUUGUUUGCCAGUAAAGAGGGUGGUAAGACUAAAGUUCCUAUUCACCAGUCUUAUAAUGAAUGGGAUUGCACCAACCUGUUCCAGGCUACAAUAUUCGCGUCGUCUUUUGCCUCACCAGACAGCACAGGCUCCUUCACCACACUCAGUGAUUUGUACGUGAAACCCCGGGCGUUACAUCCUAAUAGUUUUCAUGCAUGUGUGCUCAGCCCGGGUGGAAACGAUGUGGAGACCUUUGCACUUGCCAUUGAUCAGCUUCGCCGUCUUAGGAAUUCACUUUGCCACCCGAAAAAUUCUGAGAUUGACAAAGCUACCUUUGAUCAGCACGUGAAUUACGCCAAAGAUGCGUUUAAAGCCCUUGGUGUCUCGACAGCCCAAAUCGACGCUAUUGGUAGUUUGACGGAGUCCGACUUUCCCACAAUGGAAGUUUGCAGAUUGAAAAUGAGACUAGAAAAAGAGACUCAAGCGUACAUAAAUUUUCUCGAGGAAGUUAGUUCGGAUAUCAGUGAGAUGAAAGCGUUAUUGCAUUCUAUAAAAGAGGAAAAGAAGGAAGACACCAAAAAUACUACUACAGGAGCACAAGCAGAGUACGCUACGACUCUCGAAGGGGCAAGUUCAGAUAUCAAGGUUUUAAAGCAGAUGUGCGUGGAGGACACUGCCAGCAGGGAAGUUAUUGCCAGGUUGGAGGAAAGGAUAAAUGAGUUGAAAUCAGGACAAUAUGAAAGUGAUGUACCAGCUGGAAAUUCAGGUAUGAAAUGACGGACUGAAACGACAGGGGCACCCAACGUCAAUUUUCGGAAAAUAUCUGUUCGGAAGACGAUUUGAGAUCUAGAAUUUUCGGAACAUUUUUUGUAAAAUUUCUUGCUUGCCUACCUCUCCUAGGAUUUUCGAACAUCUAUAAAUUCCCAUUUUAAACGGAUUUUUACCAUAAAAAAGGUCACCUAGAAUUUUCGGGAGCCUUUUUUCUGGCUGAAAUUUUCGAAAAGGUAAGUUUUGAUCCCUAUAAUUUUCGGAUCUCUAGACUUUCAGCUAGGAAAUCCGAACAGAUGAAAAAUUUCUACGGGAUAAAAAUAUGCCUAUAUCUACCGUUUAAAUACUAAAAUACGUUUAACAAUGCUAUGUUUAAGUGGUUUUGAACUGUAUUCUCAUUGGGUGCCCCUGAAACGAUAGUAGUAAAAGUUAAGCAACACCGUAUAGCUAUAACCUGUCUAGCUGGCGCUUGUAAGUAAUAUGGGCAAGAGAAAGAAAGGGACGCCUUCUUUCUUGAGCCCAUAUUACUAAUUACAAGCGCCUGCUACGCAGUCUAGUCUACCUAUUUCCAUGCAAAUGUCUUACCUUUUUCAGGGCAAGGGCGGCAUAACUCUGUUAUUUUAAGACCCCGAGUCAGACCUGUUCGGUCCUGGAGAUCGAACCUGCGACCUCUCGCUCUGCAUUCAAGCGCUCUACCGACUGAGCUAGUCCUACCGCGGUUAAGUGCCUCAAUAAUUGUAUACUUAAAAUUUUGUGAGCGCAUGUUAUGUAAAAGUAAAUAUUUUGAUUAUCAAUAGUUAAAACUUGAUCAGACACACUUGUCAUUUAUAUGCAGAACGUUAUGUACUUUCUAAAGAGAAGUUGCUUAUGCAAACUUUGUGAGGCAAAGUGGCUCCAAUCCUGCGUAGCUGGUGAUAUAAACACGCUUAAGUGCUACAUUUCAAGAGUCGAGUGCUCGUUUGUCGCGCUUUUGAGUACUUAAGACAAAAGAGUACUUUCGAGCGCUAAUCAAGAUUGUGAGCUGUAGAGUCGAGGCUUGGCAAGAAUGGGGAAAGUAAACUCCCCAGAUGGGAAUAGCCUCCUUCGCAGAGGUUUUUGGAUCACAAAUGGCCGCGAAGGAUACAACCAGUCUAUAGCUAAUUCCAGCCAGCUACGAACCCAUGUUUAAAUCUUCAUCACUUGGCUUAUGGAUUACGUUUUUCUUUCUUCCAAAAAAUACAUUUCUAACGGUCCAUGACAGCAAUUGAUAGAUUUUAGAUCAAUCUUUAAUCCAAGUCGAUCUCUUUAUUUGUUUAGAUAUUUGCAAGUAUCUUCUGAUUAGUUUUACUUUCGUUUUUUUAAGGUGUAACGUCAUCGCCCUUGGAGCUUCCCUUCCCUCAGUAGUUCCUAAUUUUACUGGGCGCCAGCGCGAGUGUGAAGAGAUCAUCGGACACGUGUCUUCCGAGUCUGUCCGACUGGUGUCAAUUUGGGGUACACCUGGAUUCGGAAAAACGUCGGUUGCGAUUGCGGUUGGACAUGCCCUCCAGUCUCAGGGAAAGCCUGUGUAUUGGGUCUCUCUAAGAGGAGUCCGUUCUAAAGCAGAUUUGGCUUCAAAAUUUGUUAGCCUUCUGAGGCAACUUGACACAGUAAAACAACCUUCUGAUCAGCGUCUAUCCAUCGAUGAAGAGGUCUGCCAACUUUUCAGCAGUGUUUCAAAUCCGUCUGCUUUUAUCCUUGAUAACUUCGAUGAUUUGUUAGAAAGUGGUUCGCUGAACGCAAAGGAAGAGGUCAUGCAACUUCUCGAAGAGAUUCUAAGGCGAAAUCAAAUGGUGACUUUCGUCGUGACCACAAGAGAGUCUCUUGAGUAUAUGGACCUCCAUUUUCAAGGUCAUAAGGGUUUAAGAAUAAGGCCAUUGGAUGAAACCUCUGCUAUGACCCUAGUUUCUGAGUUUCUUCCAAACGCAAGCAUUGCAGACUGUACACAAAUCGCACAAAUCUGCGGACAGGUUCCUUUAGCGGUGAAGUUAAUGUGUUCUUUGAUAUCUGAAGAUAGUGCUCAACCACGCCAGAUUAUAGAUGACCUCAUGAUGUCCUCCGCGGAAAAUCGUAUCAUCGAAAUGUUAAACAAUCCAGAUUACCCAACUCGUCAUCGAAUACAGUUGUUGUUUGAUUCUUCUUUCAAGAAACUCACCAUACAAGAAAAAGAUGCGCUUAUAUCCUUAAGCAUUCUUCCUGAGAGUUUCAGUACAGAAGUAGCUGCAGCCAUUUUAAGUGACACAGGGUCUAUGGAAGCCAGGAAGAUAUUAGGAAGCCUUCGAAGAAAGUCUCUCAUUGAUUCAAGCUCUAAACCGGAAUCAUUUACAAUGCACAAGCUCUUGCAAUCAUUUGCGAGAGAAAAAGGAGAAAAAGAAAUGACAGAGACGUUUCUGAACUCAAAACGUCGUUUGAACGCGUUUUACGUUUCCCUUCUUGAGAAGCUUAAUGAACAGUUUCUUACCGGAAACUCAAUGGCAGCAUAUAUUGAAUUCUAUGAAAAUAAGAAGAACAUCAUUGAAAGUGUAGUAGAGAGCUGUUUUGAUUCGGAGAGAGCUGACAGCGUUUAUAAUGUACUGGUGAAAGGAGAGAUGUUUCUUGCCUCGCUUUUUUGUAGGGAAGCGAGAAACUUUAUUCACAUUUAUGACACAGCCAUAAAGGCAGCCAAUCUGCAAAAGAAAGACGACUACUACAGACAACUACUUUCCUCCAGAGCUUUCGGUGAGGUGACCUGGGGACGAGAAGGAAAAACGAGGCAUCUUCUCUCAAAAGUGAAUGAGCUUCAAGCCGCAGCUUCCCUUCCUUCUAACCUGGAAAAAGGAAAAUAUUUGUGCUAUAUGGGGAUCUAUCACUUUAUUACAGAAGAAACUAAUAAUGGAGUGCAGUUCUUAAAAGAGGCGCUAUUAUCACUUGAAAAUUGUAACGGCGCGGAAAGACGCAUUCUGGAGAUGGUUAUUUUUCAGAUACUUGCUGUUUAUUUUCAGUCCCUUAACGACCUAUCCAGUGCAAGAGCUUUCUAUGACAAAGCAAUCCGCCAAUGUAGUGUAAUGAGGGAUUUGGAACUGCUUAUAAUACCGUCAAUGAAAAACGAAAACAAGGAAUCUAUCAAUGAAGUAAAACUUCAACAACACUCGGACAUCUUGCUUAGUCAACCACUGAAAUGUGAAAUUUCCUUUCUAUUAAGCGAAGCAACAAAGACUUUUGCUGAUGUUAACACCAAGCAAUGUUUAAGCAAUUCGUUUCACAAAAUUGUAGAGAAUAUCGAAAGAGAGGCUGAAAUUACUCUCGGAUUGCUCACUUUUCGGAACGUUGCGACAAAUUUAUUGUGGCGUUCAAGUAGUGAAGACCCUCAAACGCUCUACGCGUCCAGAAUAAAGUACUAUCAAGCAGCCCUGACGCAAUACGAAGAAAGUUCCCCAAACAAAGACAAUUUAAACGACGUUAGACAUUUACAAAAUGAAGCACAUGCAAGGGACUUGUUGGACCUAGGUAGAGUUUUUAUAAAAAGAAAAAGGUAUCCAGAAGCACUUCAGGCAAACCAGCAAGCUCUCGAGAUAUCGCAAAGACUUUUAGGAGAAGAACAUGAAAGCACUGCUGACAGUUACUUCAGCGUCGGUGUAACGCAAUACGGAAUGCAUGACUACACCUCAGCUCUCCAAUCUCAUCAGCGUGCAUUGGCUAUCCGUAUUAAAGCGCUUGGAGAAGAACAUGAAAAAACUGCUGACAGCUACAGCGAAGUCGGUGAAACACAACACGCAAUGCAUGACUACACCUCAGCUCUCCAAUCUCAUCAGUGUGCAUUGGCUAUCCGUAUUAAACUGUUUGGAGAAGAACAUGCAAGCUCUGCUGACAGCUACAAGGGACUCGGUGGAACACAACACGCAAUGCAUGACUACACCUCAGCUCUCCAAUCUCAUCAGCUGUCAUUGGCUAUCCGUAUUAAAGCGCUUGGAGAAGAACAUGAAAGAACUGCUGACAGCUACAGGGAACUCGGUGUAAUACAACACGAAAUGCAUGACUACACGUCAGCUCUCCAAUCUCAUCAGCGUGCAUUGGCUAUCCGUAUUAAAGUGUUUGGAGAAGAACAUGAAAGAACUGCUGACAGCUACAGGGAACUCGGUGUAACACAACACCAAAUGCAUGACUACACCUCAGCUCUCCAAUCUCAUCAGCGUGCAUUGGCUAUCCGUAUUAAACUGUUUGGAGAAGAACAUGAAAGCACUGCUGACAGCUACAGGGAACUCGGUGUAACACAACACGCAAUGCAUGACUACACCUCAGCUCUCCAAUCUCAUCAGCGUGCAUUGGCUAUCCGUAUUAAAGCGCUUGGAGAAGAACAUGAAAAAACUGCUGACAGCUACAGCGAAGUCGGUGAAACACAAUACCAAAUACAUGACUACACCUCAGCUCUCCAAUCUCAUCAGCGUGCAUUGGCUAUCCGUAUUAAACUGUUUGGAGAAGAACAUGAAAGCACUGCUGACAGCUACAGGGAACUCGGUGUAACACAACACGCAAUGCAUGACUACACCUCAGCUCUCCAAUCUCAUCAGCGUGCAUUGGCUAUCCGUAUUAAAGUGUUUGGAGAAGAACAUGAAAGAACUGCUGACAGCUACAGGGAACUCGGUGUAAUACAACACGAAAUGCAUGACUACACCUCAGCUCUCCAAUCUCAUCAGCGUGCAUUGGCUAUCCGUAUUAAAGUGUUUGGAGAAGAACAUGAAAGAACUGCUGACAGCUACAGGGAACUCGGUGUAACACAACACGAAAUGCAUGACUACACCUCAGCUCUCCAAUCUCAUCAGCGUGCAUUGGCUAUCCGUAUUAAAGUGUUUGGAGAAGAACAUGAAAAAACUGCUGACAGCUACAGAGAAGUCGGUGUAACACAACAUGCAAUGCAUGACUACACCUCAGCUCUCCAAUCUCAUCAGUGUGCAUUGGCUAUCCGUAUUAAAGUGUUUGGAGAAGAACAUGAAAGAACUGCUGACAGCUACAGGAAACUUCGUUUAACACAAAACAACAUGCAGAAAACCUGUGUCUUGUCUUAA